AUGUCUUCCUCGACGCUGUCCACUCGCACGCUCGACCACAUUAUCCACCUUACACCGCCGGGUACACUCAGUGAGAAGGCCGCGCAGUUCCGCGCGAAAGGCUUCACUGUCCUCCCAGGUGGGACGCACGCAGACGGGCUGACGCAGAACGUGCUCGUGGCUCUCGCAGACGGGGUGUACUUCGAGCUGCUCAGCUUCACGCACACGCCAGAGCACUACCCCGCGGGUACGCCCGAACGGCACGCGCGCGACACGCACUCGUGGGCAACGAAGCAGCCAGGGUGGAUCGACUACGCGUUCCUGGGCAGCGGUACUGCGUCGGUCGCGGACGUGAUCAAUGCGCGGGCAGAAGCUGACGGGAGCGGCGUGCGGUAUUCAAAGGAGACGCGCGGCGGGCGCGCAAAACCAAACGGACGGGUGCUGGAGUGGGUGAUCAGCGCACCAGAGGCGGAUGGAGAGGGGAAGGUGCUGCGGGGCGCGUUACCGUUCUUUUGCGGGGAUGUCACUCCGCGCGAAUGGAGGAUUCCGCUUGACCCACCGAACACGGAACACGCGAACGGCGUGCGUGGGGUAGCGUCCGUGAAGGUACUCACCACGGGAGAUCAAUUCGCGGAGCUGAAGACAAAGCUCACUUCUGUGAUCGGAUCGCACCCUGUUAGGAACGCCGAGUCCCAGGCAGUUUGGGAUCUGGAGAAGCUCGAGCUGCCUACGGUGAAUCAGACGGAGAGAACUCCCCAGUUGGUCCUGGAUGUGGCGAAAACGGCCGAAGAGGUCGAAUAUACUGAAGCGCACGUGGGCGCCGAGAAAUUCGCUCUCUCCUUUUUAUUUUCCAUCUUCCGCUUCCACCUCGCUCAGCGCCCUUCCUCUCGACGGGCCAGCAGUCGAGUCUCUUCGCUGGCAGUCUCUGUAUUUACGGUUCAUAUCUUUACUCUUGGCGUUCAUAUCUGCUCCUUCUGCCGCACCAGCAGCAAUCUCUGCCACGCGAUACCAUCUCUCACUUUCGUCUUCUGGCCCAUUGUCCAGCCGCACCCCAGCCCGUUUUGUGCCAUACUUGACUUAUAUUUAUUCCCAUCCUUCAACCUUUCAUUUGCUGGAGCUACGACCAGACGACCCAUCACACCUAUGAGCACCACCGUAUACUCGAUGACGAUGGAGCGCUCCUUCUCGCGGCACUCGAACAGCGCGGGUCUGGCUCUGCCGCGCAUACCCCGUCGGUCGAGCUCGCGCGCGUCAGCGGACGCGGUCGCGACGCUGCAGAACAUGUUCGUUUCGCCACCCCCGCUGGUGGUGCAGCCACCGACCCCGCCGCGAUCGAGCGCCGAGGGGACCCCAGUCGGGUCCGCCUCUGGCUCUUCCUCCUCGUCGGACUCUCCGGUGCAGUUCGUGGUGCCCCGCGCGCGUCGGCAUCAGGCGAGGCACGCGACGCUGCGCCCGCCGGAGGAGUCGACGCCGACGCCGUCGGUGUUCAAGGCACAGAGCGAGGAGCGGGUGCCGUGGCCGCGGACGGAGGAGGACGAGGGGGAGUCGACGCCGCGGGCGUCGACGAGCCGGGCGGUGUCGUUGCCGCGGACGGUGUCGGCGCAGCUGGUGCGGAAGAAGACGGGGGAGCCGCUGAAGUCGUCGCUGAAGGGGCGGCGGGAGGUGGUGCGCGGGGAUCUGUCGGUGGUGACAGGUGCGGCUCCUGCGGGAAGCAAGAGCGAGCCGAACACACCGACGCACAUCAAGUCGGUGCACUUCGACGCGAAGCUGGAGCACGUGAAGCUGUUUCUCGCGGAGCAGAAGCCGCUCGCAGUUUCGCGCGACGGGAGCCCGACCGAGGACACGAGCGGGACAGAGAGCGACUUCCCCGCGUUCAUCUACGGACCCGACGAGUUGCAGACGAGGGGGAGACUGUCUAUGCGAGUCGUGAACAUGCCUGUGCGCGUGCGCAAGGAUGGAGACGUCGUGUUGGAGGAGCUCACCCUCUCGCAGGACGGCACGGCUGCGCAUGGGCGGGUGCGGGUGCGCAAUAUCGCGUUCGAGAAGUGGGUCGCGGUCCGGUUCACAUUCGACUGGUGGCAAACGACGAGCGAGGUGACCGCCAAGUAUUUCGAGUCUCUGGAAGGCGGCGAGUUCGACCGGUUCACCUUCACGAUCCGACUGAACGACAUGCUCGCGCGUAUUGAGGAGAAGACACUGUUCCUCGCCCUGCGAUACAGGGUCGUCGGGCAGGAGAUGUGGGAUAACAAUGGCGGGAACAACUAUCAGGUCAAGUUCUCUAGGGCGAGGCCGCAGCCACUUCCAACCGUCGAGAAGGCUGAUGCUGGUAUAGCCGACCUGAAAAGCAGGCUGGAGAAAGUCGCGGUCGGUCGGUCGACGGUAGGCGGAUACAUAAACAAGCAAUCGGACAAGACCCGCGAUGAUUUCGACCUUCGGUCCAAAACCCCGCUCUCAGCAAGAUACGACUUCUCAGCGUCUUUGAAGACGCCGUGGAAGAGCAGCCUGCCCGUGUCGCAUUCGCGCGUCAGCACCUACCCGAACGUAUCACCGCAAGUGCCGCAGCGGCCAUUUUCCAGCCCCGCUACCAAGACAUCUUUCGCAGAGGAUGCAGUGGUGUCUCGCGGGUCCCCUCAUGUCUUCGACGGGGACGAUAUCCGCCCUUCAACGUUCUACUCUGGCUCUGACCUAGAUGACACUCUCGAGGACACUCCACUUCCGGCACUGAGUCGACGCCGGGGCCGGAAUCACCAGCGUGGCUGUUUCGAUCUAGGUUCCCCGCAGAGCCCAGCCAUCAAGAAGACACCUCCUGGAGCACCGUUUAUCGAGUCGUCUCUGCGUUACAACUCCCUCGACUCAUACCACCUGCCUACGCCGCCCGGUCCGCGUGGGGAGAUGCUCAGUCCUUCCUGGCACAUCGAGCGUGGAGGAAGCGAGGAGUCGACACCGUCAGUCACAUCAACAUCCGAGUCCUCGCGCUCCUCAUCGCCGUCUGGAUCUCCUAUUGACCCUGUUAUGUUCAAUUUCACUGGACCUGGUAGUCGAAGUUCCCCCAGCCCCUCUGAUGUUACCGACUACAACGUCUUCUUAAAUAAGUUCUGCUUCUACACAGGAUCAGAUUCGCUUCUAGAUGUACAGCCCGAUGAAAUACAGCGUUCGCACUCCGCGUCGAGCGUAGAAGAGUUCCUGUCAUCAUCCCCCGUGCUCGGAUAUUACCUCUCGCCCGGGCAGACCCCCACCCGCUCAUCGAGCUUCGACGACGUCGUCUCCAUGAGCGGCACUGCGACACCUACUGCACGGAGCAAAGUCGAGUCCGAGUGCCCUACACCCGUCCCUUUCGCGCAUUAA